AUGACAUGCAGUAGGGCAGUCAAGGGAGGCCACCUCAAGGUGCUCCAGUGGGCGCACGCCAACGGCUGCCCAUGGAAUGAGGACACAUGCAAGAAGGCGGCCAAGGGCGGCCACCUCAAGGUGCUCCAGUGGGUGUGCGCCAAUGGCUGCCUGUGGAAUGAGUGGAUGUGCACCUAUGUGGCCUUGGGAGGCCAUCUUGAGGUGCUUCAGUGGGCAUGCUCCAAUGGCUGCCUGUGGAAUGAGGACACGUGCGCCUGGGCAGCCUUGGGCGGCCACCUUGAGAUGCUCCAGUGGGCGCAGGCCAGCAGCUGCCCAUGGAAUGAGAACACAUGCAGGAACGCGGCUUUUGGAGGCCACCUCGCAAUGCUCCAGUGGGUGCGCGCCAAUGGCUGCCCAUGGGACAAGUGGACAUGCGCCAAUGCAGCACUUUGGGGCCACCUUGAGAUGAUCCAAUGGGCGCGCGCCAAUGGCUGCCUGUGGGACAAGUACACAUGCCACAAGGCGGCUGAGGGAGGCCAGCUUGAGGUGCUCCAGUGGGCGCGCGCCAAUGGCUGCCUGUGGAAUGAGGACACAUGUGGGAAGGCAGCCCUGAGAGGUCACCUUGAGGUGCUCCAGUGGGCGCACACCAAUGGCUGCCCAUGGGAUGAGGACACAUGCGCCAUGGCGGCCUUGGGCGGCCACCUCAAGGUGCUCCAGUGGGCGCAGGCCAACGGCUGCCUGUGGAACGAGGACACAUGCCAGAAGGCGGCUUUUAGAGGCCACCUUGAGGUGCUCCAGUGGGUGCACGCCAACGGCUGCCCAUGGAAUGAGUGGACAUGCGCCAGGGUGGCCGAGGGCGGCCAUCUCAAGGUACUUCAGUGGGCGCGCGCCAAUGGCUGCCCGUGGGACGAGUGGAUGUGCACCCUGGCGGCUGAGGGAGGCCAUCUCAAGCUGCUCCAGUGGGCUCACACCAAUGGAUGUCCAGAGAAUGAAGAGUCCCAGUAA